CGGUCAACGUCGUUUGGCGCGAAAAUCAGGCAGACCAGAAAUUAGGGUUUUGAAUUCUCCCCCAAAAAAGCAGGAAAAAUGGUGUAAUUCAAUCAACUUAGAUCCUACAUUUGAUCAGAGCAAUGGAUUCGAAGUCUCCGACAACGACGGAAAACGAAUUAGAACAACAUGAUCCGAUGAUCAAAACAGCUGAAACCUCGUCAGUGAAGUGUAGCGAUCGCUUUUCGCCGGUGGUCGUCUUUGCUCAUGGAUCUGGUGGUCCUUCAACUUCCGAGUGGAUGAUCAGAUGGAGGAACUUGUUGGCCACUGCUUUAAAUGCUGUCGAAGUUGUAACGUUUGACUACCCAUACAUUCACGGUGCGAGAAAGGCUGCACCAAAGCCAGAAACACUGGUUGGGUUUCACUCCGAUAUUGUACGAAAGGUUGCUGCUAAGUAUCCCGAACAUCCCUUGAUCUUGGCUGGAAAGUCAAUGGGUUCAAGAGUCAGUUGUAUGGUAGCUGCAGAGAAAGAUAUUGUGGCUUCAGCUGUAGUAUGCUUGGGAUACCCGCUUAAGGGCAGAACAGGAGUUAUUCACAAAGCACCCCUCUUACAACUUACAGUUCCUAUUAUGUUUGUACAGGGUAGCAAUGACUUUCACUGUCCUCUGCAAUUGUUAGAAGUGGUUAUGAGUAAAUUAAAGGCUUUAAACGCUUUACAUGUUAUUCAACACGGGGAUCAUUCGUUCCAAAUUUCAGAAAAGAAUCUUAAAUGUGGAAUGACUCGUGAAAAAACUGAAGAAUGUGCUGCUGCAGCUGUUGCAGAGUUUGUUUCGCAAAUUACAAGUGAAACGGUGAUCAACAGGCCUAGAGACACGACACGUUUGUUCCUACGAGCAAGUCCAAAAUUCAUUCUUUCUCAACAUGUUUCAAGUAAGGAGACGCUUGCGGCUGGUGGUGAGCAAAACAGUCAACGGAUCGAGUCUCAUCAACCGAAGGUGAAAAAAAUCAGUAGUGCGAAACAAAAACCGACCCAGAAUGCAAGGAAGAGGAAAUCUGAAAGGAUAUUAAAAAACAAGCUCAAAAAAUGUGUUUACGUCAAAGAUGGAAGAGGAUCGACCGUUGACAACCCGUUAAACUUAGAUUAGUUUUGAUGAUUGAACAUUUGAACCUGCAAAGUAGCUUUAUGUUCAAGCAUUAUUAUUGUUGUAUGAUUUAUGAAGUCCUUUUCUGCAAUGAAACUUGGUAGGUAGCUAUUAUGAUUGUUUUUU